GCAGCGGGCCGGCGGGGAUGGAGAGUCGGUGAAGGCAGUUGUCCCCCGAUAAUGGCGAAACACGCCACCAAAGCCCACACUGACGUGGGGCACAUCCUGGUCCAGGUUCAAGAAGAUCUUAAAGAGCUGAAGGAGAAAAUCUCGCAUAUAACAAUUCAAAAUGAAGGAGAGGCAGUGGACAUUCAGUCACUUGAAACAGCCAUACACAGGACUGAAAUUGGGCUAAAGAGACAUGCGGCAGAGUACUUGAAUUCAAUCAAUAGACAAGUGUUGACCCUUCCUGCAGUAGAAUACAGAGACUUGCCAGCUGGUUGCAGUUUAGCAGAUGCAAUUCAAUCGGCCAAUAGCAAAAUAGUAAAGAAACAUGACGUAUACCCAUCUUUGUGCCAAAAGCAUCAAGGUCCUCAGUUGGGAAAUGCACCUCGACAUAUCUCACCAGGAAUUCAGCACAAAUUAGCCAUGGACAUGAAGAUUUUGCGUGAUCCAACUCACCCAAAGAACAGGAGCGUUCUCAAUGAGAACUAUGGGCUUCAGCUUCCUGUCAUUAGGAGCAUAGUGCCUGAGGCACCUUUACAAAAGCUUGCUAAAGGUACGACAGUUGCUCCACUCACAGUUUUGCCAUCUUCUCACCGUGAGGACCCAUCUCUCCUUCCUCCAUUUGUAUCUGAAAAAGAUGCAAAGAAAGGUAUUUUGAGUUUGACUGAACGUGGCCUAAUUCCUCCGGCAGCCGGGUUAAGUCUUGACCCUCCUCCUAUCCAACACAAAGUGGCAAUUAUGCAUGAUAACCGAGAGAAAUACAGAAAGCCACCCCCAGAAAUAUAUGGUUCUUACCCCCAAAAAUCAUACUACAUAGUGAUUAGUGAGACCAGUACUGAUGAACCAGACCAUCGAGGCAUGCUGAAUUCCAGAGCACUGCUAAAGAGGGGGACUAUUAUUCCUGCACCGUCGAUGAUGACAACAUUGCCAACUAAAGACAUCAAUGCAGUGCCACACCUGCAUGACAAGCAAAUGGUCCCUUAUGAGUUUCAUGAGCCAAAGGAGUUUCAAGUGGUGCCGGUUCACCAAACCCAGGAAUUCCCACAGGCUUACUACGUUACUAUUUUGAACGGCAGAAUAGAUUACUCGGCUCCAGACUUCUUGGCUUUCAAACAACAUUACCAGUUAUACUGGAGGCACAUCUUUUCCUUCUUGGAAUACCUCGAGAUGAAACUAAGAAAAUACAGUGUGCCAGUUGCCGUAGUGGAAGGCCAAAGGCUGGCCAAGAUUUCGGUUGUUUUUGAUAUUGAUUCCCAGCCCACAUGGGAGAUGCUGCUUCCUGCUCUGAAAAAUAAAGACUUGGUAGAAGAGAUUGUCAAGCGUCCGGGCCAGCAGUACAAGGGGCCAGAUGGCAUGGAAAUAGCAGCCACAAAAAUCCAAGCUAUCUGGAGGCAGUACCGAGCCAGGACCAAGUACCUCGUGUCUCUUCGCCAGAAGUGGGCAGCAGGUGUUAUUGCCAUUUCCUGGCUCAUGCAAGCUCAAAAGGCACGGGUGAAGAAGACCCUAAAGCAGUCACGUCAGAGACACCUGGAGAAUUUUCGCAGCAGGGCCAAGCAUCUGGCAGCCAACUGGAAUCACAUCAAGGCCUCCAGGAGAACUAUUAUCCACAUCCCAUCAUUAGGCUAUGCUCAGUGGCUGAGAUCCACCGUGCCUGAUAUAGAUACUCAGCAGAACCUACAGAUGGGAAGGUUAUGUGACAUCAGGGAUGACAAUAUAGAUGUUAUCUAUAUCUGUCCCCUGUGGAUUGGUGAGGAAGUGACCCAGUACUACAUGAACCUGCUUGGGCUGCAAGAAGCUGUCAGAUUAGGGAAACCCGAGGUGAUGGUGGACAUGACAGAUCGUCUCAAAGUCAUCACACCUGAGGCAACAAGACAUUUUCCUACCCACCACUUGUGCCUGGCCACUCAUCUGAAAUACAGUCCCCAGGCAAUACAGCGAAUAAAAAAUCUUAUUGAAGGCAAGGCUGCAUACAUUGUUGGUGGAUUGCUUCACCAGGAUGACUUGGCUGUUGCAGAUAUGCUUAAUGUACCUAUCCUGGGCCCAGAACCGGAAGUAGCACAUCUGUACAGCACCAAGUCCGGGAGUAAAAGAAUUUUUGCAAGUGUGUCUGUGCCCGUGCCACCAGGAGAGUACGAUAUAUACAAUCUUCAGCAGAUGCAUGAAGUUCUUAUUCAGCUUAUUCUUGAAAACCUGGAAAUUAAACGUUGGCUCUUCAAAAUGGACACUGAAUUUGGCGGGAGAGGUACUGCAUACUUUGAUGUCUCACACCUGCCAUGUUAUCAUCAGACCCUAAAAGAAUUUAGGAAAGUCGGUCUUUCUGUUUGGCUGAAGAGGAGAUGGAUUCAGGAACCCUCUGAGAUCAAGAUGGCUAAGGAAUUGCCUGGAGUUUUGGCAGAGCAUGCUCGACCUGUUAAUCAGGAAAUAUUCCCCACAUGGGAAAAAUUCCUAAAAAUGUUCCUCUGUCAAGGUGGCGUUGUGGAGGCCUAUCCGCCGUCCAACAGUGUGACUAACCUCACCGUGGACAUGCUCAUAGAGCCGACAGGGGAAAUAUCGAUGGUUUCUUGCGGAGACCAGAUCCAUUCCAGAAGCCCUCUUGAAUGCUGGGGCACCACAGUACCACAGUGCUCCGUGGAUCCAGGCAACCUGCACUCGAUGUGUGUCAAGAUCGCUGAGGCCUGUAAAUGCCGAGGUGUGCUGGGUUUCUUCUCAAUUGACCUGGUGACCUUCAUACAUCCAUAUACAAUGGAGCAGCAGGUCUGGGCUACAGACUUAGACCUGGCCUACAGUGAUCAACUCGCCAUGACACAACUGAUGCUGUUCAUUUCAAAUGGGAAGCUGACCUGUGCAAGCAACUCCUUUGAAGUGCCUCCGAGGCCCAAGGAGAAAAAAGGGAGACUUCACAGGCAAGAAGUGGCAAAGGAGGUGGAAAUGCAAACUCAACUUCCUUUUAUGAAACGUUACGGAGUGUUAAGCACACAGUUGAAACAUGCCAAUUUAUCCAUGGUCCACUACAGUGUACUCUUCAAGAUUUUUAAAGCUCACGGGAUUGGUUUUGAUAUUAAGGAGAAGCAAGGAACAGUUUUUAUACUUCAUGAAGGGAACAAGAGGGAUCGCCUAGGAAUGGUAACAAUUGGCGAAGAUCUCCAGGGGGCUCUACUGACCUUUGCUCGUAAUCUCUCUGUCAUUCAUCAGGAAAUAACAGCACCUAAUGUGCAUUGGGAGAACAAUUUUCAGGCGGCAAUUAAAGAUAUUGAAGUAAUUCUUGGAGUUACCAUAGUGAACAAGUCCAAAGAAGAUCGUUCAGCCCCUCCAUUAGAAGCUAUGACAUGAAGAACCUAAUACAGAGGAACUAUAGAUAUUUGACUCUGAAUUACUUCAGUUCUAUCUCACUGGAAACCUACUCUACUGUAAGCAAUCCAAAAUGAAGUCUAAAUGCGUUUCACUGGUCCAGCUUUGUAUCCAUGGAAGCAAAGGAAAUAUUCAACAGAAUCUGCUUUUCAAUGUGGAUAUUAGUAGAAAUAUUUAAAACAUACUCAAAAAUGGCAACUAAAAUGAUAAAGUUGAGGUAAACAAUAAUUUGGUUUCUGCUGUAAAUAAGAAAUAAUGUACUUUUUAUGUUUUCUCAUCCUCCCCAAAUCCCAAAGUGAGUAAUCUAUUUCCAGCUCGCCCUUUGAGGAUAUGCAGAAAACCAGUCUAAAAUAAAUGAAUAACUGAUACAUUAAUAAAUGGGUCAAUUCUUAGAGCAUCCUAACACCAAGUUACAGGUAGUUGCUAUGUUACUGGGUUUCUUUAGAACGAUAAAAGAACUGAGGAAACAAUUCACAUUGUAAAUCUUCCUCUGCAGUCACGAGCAAUCCAGUGUGGCCCACAAUCAAUUGUGCCAUCAAAUUUAUUCAAUACAUGGACUAGUCCACACUCAAUAUUUAUACAAGUGCACACUCACUAAAGAUUAUGUCCAGCAAGUAAUUAAUGUUUCACUUUAUCCUUAUACAAGCUCUUGAGAUUAAUAUUAGGGCUUUAGUACCGCACUUGAUGUAAUUGGUAGCGUAAGUUAAGCAACUAGCAGAAAGAGGCUAUAUGGUAUAAACCACGCCAUUUCUACAGAGACCUACCACAUCUGGUUUCCUCUUUAAAUUCACCUGAUCACUCAAAGAUGCACCGGUCUGUCAUUACAUACCUACUAUUGAACUCUACUGUUUUGUAUAGAUACUGUAAUACCGUUUAUUGCCUCAGCAGCAGAGGAGUCAUUGUUCCCUGCCAAUUAUUUGGUCUCGGUAUAUGAAUCUCCACCCCUUUCCUGCAAGGGUUAAUUAACCUCACCUCUACUGAUCUCAUUGAGAAUCUGACUUAAGUAAACUCAUAUAGAUAAUUAACAUAUCUUGAGAGAAGGUACAAUACUCGCUUCACCAAAUACAAGGUGAUCACUUGGCCUGAAUAUACUCCAUCCAUCUUAUUAACAUAUUUCACAUUAUAUGUCUUUCACAAAAUAUUAAUUAUUCACCUGAUUACAAUAUUCCACUAUCACAACCUUUCCCAAGCCUUAGAAUUAGUCAGCCAAUUACCAUAUUGCACAAUAACUCCCUUCUUCUGAAUUACAGUAUUAUUCAUGUAAUUAUAACAAGGAAGAAACACAGAUGGUCCUAUUUGGACUGUUGAGUGGCAUUUUCAAUGCUUCGGUUUACAUGGCUCCUGUGUUAUUGUUGAAGGUGGAAACCAACCAUCAACUGCCCCCUCCCUCAUCUUACCAAGACCACCAAUCUUUCAUAUCAAAAUGACCAUGGCAACCAGAAUAUUAAUGCUUGUAUCUUAUAUAGAAUGUAUUCCCAAUUCCUUCAUUCUUUUCCCAUUCAUUCUUUCUAGCAGGCUAAACUUCUAGUUUUUUCUCUUUGCUGCAGUAGUUAUCAGACUCACACCUUAGAUCAGAAAAUCUCAUCUGGAAAAUUCACGGAGCCUCUUUCUCACUCCCUGACGGCCACCAGAAGAAGUAGAUCAUUUUGUGGGGACUAUAAGCAAUAUUAACAUUUCAUUUUAUGUCUCCUUUUCUCGCCACUAAAAAUUAGUUGAGUUGAGUUGCAUUAAACAAAAUGCAUGCAUUUAAAAAAUCAAGGUUCUUUACUCUUUUCAAACCAGUUUCCUAGCAGUAUUACUAGAUGACACUAUUAACUAUUCAUGUUAAUGAAUGCAGACACAUCUAAACUCACAACAAUGGCAACAACUAGUUCCAGUUAACAGGUUCCCAAUAUUGAGAAAUUAUGCAAUGUUUAACUGGCAAAAGAACUGCAGUUUGCAUUGACAGGCAGACUCAGUUUGGCAAUGGACUGAAGUUCUGGCACGUCCAAUGAAAGUACAGGCACCAAACAUUAGUUAUUGCCAAGUUAUCGUAUAACUAAUGCAAAAAGUGUUUUACACUAUGUUUAACAAUGGUCAGUUAUGCUGUACUAUUUAAUGUCAGAGAAAAGCACAGUGCAAAUAUUUUUUGUCCAGCUUCCACAUGCUAGAUAAGGGAUGCCUCACAUAGCUGCAUCUGACAAGCAGUUUCAAAGCUCCGACAUCUAAAUCAGCGCUGACUGACAGAUGGUAGCAAGCUUGCUGAGCUCGUUAUAAUGUUCAGGAUUAUGCAGCAAUUCAGAUGAACAGAGUUCCCCUUUAACAACAAAUUACCCAGUGGUUCCCUCAACAAAUGAACCCUUUUCCCUGAACGAACCAUUCUAAUUACCUGAACUUUAUUGUACAUUCCUUCAUGGCAAUUCUGACUUGAGCUCCUAAGACUUUCAAUUAGUAGCCAUGGUCUUGAGCAUAGAUAACCACUCUGCA